CAAUCUCUCUCUCUCUAUCUUUCUUCCCUGUUGAUGUGGUGAUAUUGACUCCGUCGGAAUAAUCGGCGGCAACGGUAAUUGUUGCACAUAUAAUUGGGCAACGAUUAAACUUCCAUGAGGUUUUUUAGGAAGAUCGCGGGUCUUCUAGGGUUUUCUAAGGACGAAUCUCACGAUGUCAAUGAUGAAGACGACGACGAUGAUGGCACCAAUUACAAUAACAGAGUUGAAACCCAUCUCCCUCGUAAGGGGUUUAGCGUUCCCGUUCAGGUCGCUGUCGACCGGCCUCAGGUUGUCCCGCUUUUUAUUCCCUGCCGUGUUGGCGAUGGCGGUCUUCAGGGAUUAAAAUGGUAUGCUCAGCAGCUGAAGAUAGAUGAAGAUGGCGACAUAGCAGAUGAAUUCUUUGAAGAGAUAGUAACAAACACAGGUGAUCAUCAAGAGCAAGAUCAUUCAAUGGCAAGAUUUGAAGUGAAGUAUGUUGUUAGACCGGCCAAGGUAAGAAAUCAAGCACUGUCUUUAAAUGGGAAAAUCCAACACAGUGUAGAUUUCCAAGGCAGAGUAGAGUGGGUGUAAUGAAUAAUGCAGACAGAUACAUACAUUAUUACAUACUAACUAACUACACUAAAAAUCCCACUUUGGCUGUCGCAACCUCGAACCAGCCUCUGGUGGUUCAAUUGGCUCUCCUUCCAAAGGGAAGAAAGAGCUGUUCUAUGAGUGUGUGUGUGCGUGGUUUAUCUCUAUAUAUUAUUAUUACUCUCUUCAUAAGUUGAAGUUUUAAUGCUGUGUUAUUCUAUCCUCUUAAAUCUUAAUUUCAAUCUGGAACUGAUACUGAAACUCUCCUUCUAUAUUUUUUUAUUUCAUUUUGAUUCUAAUGUAUGAAGAAGAUUGAGUUAGAGGGAUGAAUAUAUUUUCUAA